CUCGACCUCAUCCCAUCAACCAACCACCCAUCAAUCCCAACCAAACAAUCCCAAGCAACAAUGGCAGACCAACAAAAACUCACAGCCUCCAUAAUAAUAAUCUCAGAAACCGCCUCCGCAGACCCCUCAACAGACAAAUGCAUCCCCACCCUCCAAAAAGUAUUCACCUCGCUCGGCGCCUCAAAGUGGGAAAUCACAGCCACAAAAAUCAUCCCGGACGACGUGACCAAAAUCCAAAAUGCCGUCCUCCAAUCCUGCGCUGAAGGAGUAAACCUCAUCGUGACUUCCGGCGGCACUGGCUUUGCGGUCAAAGAUGUAACGCCCGAAGCCGUGGGUCCGCUUAUUCAAAAACAAGCGCCGGGGUUGGUGCAUGGGAUGUUGGCUGCUAGUUUGGAGGUUACGCCUUUUGCUGUGAUGAGUAGACCUGUUGCUGGGGUUAGGGAUGGGAGUCUGAUUUUGACACUGCCGGGGAGUCCGAAGGGUGCGAAGGAGAAUUUGGAGGCGGUGUUUAAGUUGUUGGGGCAUGCUUGUUUGCAGGCGCAGGGGGGCGAUUCGAGGAAUAUGCAUAAGGGGGGUGUGGAGAAGUUGGAGAAGGAGGCGGGAGUGAGUGCGAAGGGUGGGGAGAAGAAAGUUGGUGGUGGGCAUUCACAUUCGCAUGGUCAUGGUCAUGGUGGCCAUGGAUGUGGGCAUAAUUAUGGACCUGGACAUGGAGGACAUCAGGGGCCAAAAGCCCACACGGCGCCGGAAGAACGACCUCAGCAAUCCAACGACCCUGCUCAAGGACCCAGUAGACGCUACAGACAAUCGCCCUAUCCAAUGCUCACGGUCAAGGACGCCCUCCACAAGAUCGCCGAGCACACUCCCUCACCCACCAUCAUCAAACUUCCAGUCAACGAAUCUCUUGUCGGUCAUGUCCUAGCCGAAGACGUCACAGCGCAAGAAUCCGUCCCUGCCUUCCGCGCCAGCAUCGUAGAUGGCUACGCUGUAAUCGCCGGCUCAGAUGCUCCCUCAACCAAGGGAGUUUUCCCUGUAUCCAUGAUUUCUCAUGCUCAAGCUGGCGAACAUCAAGAAUUGCAGAAGGGACAGAUUGCCAGAAUCACUACUGGUGCUCCUCUGCCUCCCGGUGCUACUUCUGUAGUCAUGGUCGAAGACACAAUUCUCGUCUCCAAAACCGACGACGGUAACGAGGAAAAGGAAGUCGAGAUCUUGACUGAUGAGAUCGAAGUUGGAGAAAAUGUCAGAGAGGUAGGCUCUGAUGUUCAAUCUGGCGAUGUCAUUAUGCAAAAAGGCGAAGGUAUCUCGGCUAUCGGUGGAGAAUUUGGUCUUCUCGCUUCCGUGGGCGUCAAAGAGGUCUCCGUGUACAAGAAACCAAUCGUUGGAGUCCUCAGCACAGGCGACGAGAUCGUAAACCACGACAGAGAAGGCGAUCUCAAAAGAGGAGAAGUCAGAGAUACAAACCGCCCCACCCUCUUAACCGCCAUCCGUGGCUCAGGCUUCGAAGCCGUAGAUCUCGGUAUAGUAUCAGACAAACCAGGCGCCCUAGAGCAAACCCUCCGCGAUGCGACCCGCAGAGUCGACGUAAUGAUCACCUCCGGCGGCGUCAGCAUGGGCGAACUCGACCUCCUAAAACCCACCCUCGAACGCCAACUCGGCGGCUCCAUCCACUUCGGCCGCGUCGCCAUGAAACCAGGAAAACCUACCACCUUCGCCACCAUUCCUGUAAAAUCAAACUCCGGCGAGAGGAUCGACAAGGUGGUAUUUUCACUACCCGGAAAUCCUGCUAGUUGCGUGGUCACCUAUCAUCUGUUUGUUCUGCCGAGUUUGCACCAGAUGGCCGGGGUUGAGCCCAGAGGAUGUGCGAGGGUCAAGGUGCAGUUGGAUGGGGAUGUCAGGUUGGAUAGGCAGAGAGAUGAGUUUCACCGUGCUGUUGUCAAGGCUGGUGGGGACGGAUUGUUACAUGCUUUGAGCACUGGUGGGCAGAGAAGUUCGCGGAUCGGAAGCUUCAAGGGCGCGAAUGCGUUGUUGUGUUUACCUGCCGGAGAAGGAUCUAUCAAGAAGGGAGAAAUGGUUGAUGCGCUAUUGAUGGGGAAAUUGGUUGGUGAUGUUUGAGAUUGACGAGGUAAAUAUGAGGAAGACGCUACAGAUUCCAAAAAAAUGAAUCCCGAGGAAGGCAAAUGAACCAUCACGGCACCGCUGUCAACCGUGAAUCCAGCACUGAGCGUCAACGUCGUGCCAACACCGGCACCUCCCACCGCUUCGCCUACCUGCCCACCGAGCGUGGAAAUUCCAGAUGCGAGGAUCGCAAGCGCAAGUACUGCAUCGCAUCCACCUCACACGUACAUCCGGGGACUACCAUCACAUGCGUCUACGGAGCCGAAAAAACCUGGCUGCAGCGUAGAGUGGAUUGAUCAGAGGUGUAAAGAUGUGGUCAAAGCAUUGGAUGGGGUUGGAGAAGUGGGCUUAUGCAGCGGAAAGGCUUAGAGGAUAAGAAAGAAGAUCAGAAAGCACGAUGAAUGGUGUGGCUGUCGCGCGUUUCAAUUUAU